AAGAAUUGUUCUUUUUUAGGGGAGUGGCUUCAAAGAAUGAUGUGUACACAGCCUUAGUAAGUUUGUUGAUGACAACCAGGCAUUGUUGCUAAGCCUGUCUGAGGCCUCCACAAGCAUUUCCCUAACAGAGUUUUGCAAAAAGGCUGAACUGCCCCUUCUGCUCCUUGCCUCUGGGCUUGCCUGCAGUUGCCGUUUCUGGUACAAUUCAGAACUUUCCUUUCCAAAACUUUGCACAGUUCCCCUUCCAUUGCCCCUUUGGAAGAGAUGGCCUCUGCUCCUCCGAUCUCUGGCUCUGUCGGAGACCAGCCUGUGAGCCAGCUGGGCUCUGUCCAAACUGAAAUGCAAAGGCUGUUGAAGGCUGGUAUAUGUCUUUUCAGCAGCAAUGAGGAAGGCCAGGCUUUGGCUGCCUUCAAAAAGGCAUACAGGCUCUCAGGUAGCCUCCCAGAGCCUCGCUCCAAAGCCAAGUGUCUCUUCAACCUCGGGGCGGCUUACAUUGCCACCAGCAAGCCCCAGAAGGGACUCAAGUGUCUGUUGAAGGCCAAGGAGCUCGGAGCUGAGGAGAAGGAUGGCGACCUCUCCUUCAACAUGGGCGCUGCUUACGACGACAUGAGAGAAUACGCAAAAGCCGCAGAGUUCUACGGAAAGGCUAUCCAGGAAUACAGCACAAAUCAAACGCAAAGCGCAGCCGAUGCCCUGAUCAAGCUGGCCUAUUGCCUGGUGAGCACAGGUGACGUGGAGUCAGCCGCACAGUCUUUUCGCCUGGCCGGCCAGGCCUACCAAAGAGUGCAACUCCCAGAAGACGCAGCCAUGGCUAUGAGGGAGGCAGCAAAUUACUUCCUGCAAAGCCCAGUGUACUCCCCAGACGACGUCUUGGAGAGCUUGCAGGCCUGCAGCCGGUUGUGCACCAAGAUAAGGAACCAGGAACUGCUGGGCAAACUCUACAAUCACCUGGGGCUGCACUAUGCGGAAAUGAGGUGCUUCCAGCAGGCAGAGCAACACUUUGACGCAGCUCUCCAGCUUUGCAGCGGGAAAGGCUUUUCGGUGCGGAAGAAAGCUGUCCUGUUGCAGAACCUGGGGGCUGCCUGCAACGCCCUGGAGUGCUUCGACAGGGCCCUGCGGUACCACAGCGAAGCAGCUGACAUGUACGGGGCACUGGGAGAGAGGGCUGCUCAGGCUCAAUGCCACUACAAUUUGGCCACUGCUCACGGCCAGCUGAAAAACUACGACAUGGCCGGAUUUUACUCCCAGCAGGCGCUGAAAGCUUUUGUGGACGCAGGUGACUCCUAUGGUGAGGCGCAGGCCUGUGAACAGCUGGGCAUGACUCACCUCUGCCAGGGCCACUUUGGUCCAGCCAUCCGUUACUACAAACAAGCCCUGGCUCUGUUUGAAAAGUCAAAGGAAGCAUCUGAAAUCCCUCAAAAACGGAUUUGGAAGAAAUUGGCUGCUGUUGCUAACUAUCAAGCGAAUGCCGAGGAUGAGUUUGCAGAUUCGGCAAUAACAGAUAGCCUUCUCCACCAUCCAGAAUGUGGGGCUUGUUCUCCAGGUAUCCCAUUGCAAAGAGCAGGAGCUGACAGAGCUGUUUGACAGUGGAACGGUCCCUCUCAGGACAUUGUGGACUCUCCUUCCUUGGAGGUUUUUAAGCAGAGGUUGGAUGUCCAUCUGUCAUGGAUGCUUUAGCUGAGAUUUCUACAUUGUACCAUUCUAUGAUUCUGUGAGCACUGUGGUGCAGUUGUAGACCGCUCCCCAUUCACUUCAAUGGAGCUUGCACAAAAGAACCUCUUGGAUGUUUGCACCUGAUGCUGAGUGUGUUUGUGUGUGAGCCAUUUUGUGCGUUGGGCACCAAUACAUCUCAUUUUUAGAGAUUCCUUAACAGCGCCAUAGACCUGUUCGAUCAGUUUGGGGAGGAGGGUUGUUUGUUUAUACAAAGAGUUCUCCAGAACAUUCUUCAUUUUUUCAGUUUGUUAUUUAUCUCCACUCUUUAAGAUGGAUGCUCGUUUUGAGAAGAAAAAAGGGGUGAAACUCAAGAUAAUUGCCUGCCUGAUUCAGUUCAACUGGCUAUCCUAGUUUCUAAGUAAUUAAGAUUGCAUUUCAUGAUUCUCAACCAUAUCAAAUUAAUGUUUACAGUUCUGUAUAGUACAGG